CUAUGAAAGUAUCCUGGUAAAACCCCUAUCUAUCACGUUAAUGCUCACCUAUAUCUCUCUUCUUCUUCUUCUUUUAACCUCCACCGCCAAAUAAAUCCAUCCAUCAUUUCAAUCAUCAUCAUAAUCUGUAUCUGUUAAUAAUCGAAAGAAAGGAACAGAGCUAGGAAGGAGAGUAGGAAGAAGAAGAUGCGAGGAGAAAGAUGUGGAAGCAGAUCAGAGAAAGAGAAACAGGAAAAACAUCCACAAAAUCCUUCAUUAAUCGUAUCCGUUCUUUUCGUUCUUCUUCUCUCCUUCUUUCCAAUCAUAAAGAUUUCCUCUCUCCUCACCGCGGCUCCAUUAAUUCCCUUCAGGUUGAUUUGACAGAGGGGAGGUAUUUGAUAUCUGGAGCAUCAGAUGCAUCACUUGCUGUUUACGAUAUUCAACGAGCAACAGACUACGAGGGAGGUGGUCUGAUUGCUAAGCAUAAGCCUAUACUACUUGUGGAUAAGCAACACCAAAACGGGCAUAAAUAUGCCAUAUCCACAGCCAUAUGGUAUCCGGUUGAUACAGGUCUUUUUGUCACAGGUUCAUAUGAUCAUCACAUCAACGUUUGGGAUACCAAUACCACACAGGUGGUGAUGGAUUUUAAAAUGCCUGGAAAGGUUUAUAGGACAGCCAUGUCCUCGUUAGCCACAUCACACAUGCUUAUUGCUGCUGCAACCGAGGAUGUUCAGGUUCGUCUUUGUGAUAUGGCUUCAGGUGCAUUUGCUCACACAUUAUCGGGUCAUCGUGAUGGUGUAAUGGCAGUGGAGUGGUCUACUUCUAGCGAGUGGGUUCUGAUGACUGGGGGUUGUGACGGAGCAGUACGUCUUUGGGACAUUAGACGUGCAGGAUGCUUUUCCGUUUUAGAUCAAUCUAACUCUCAGCUUGGAAGACGCCCACCUCUACUUGACAAAUCCACUAUUAAGGUUUCAACAUCUAAGUCCUCUACAAGAGCACCACAUAAAAAGGUGGCUUCUGGGAGUGGCUCAAAGCACUCUGGUAGUAGUAAAGUUCUUAAACAUGCUAAGGGAUCUACUAAACAGAGACUCCAUCCUGGGCUGUUGUCUGGUCAGGAUCGUGCUACAGCUCAUUAUGGUGCAGUUAUAGGACUGAAAGCGACCGAAGACGGCAUGUAUCUUUUAAGUGCAGGAUCUGAUUCAAGAUUAAGGUUGUGGGACAUAGAGUCUGGGAGCAAUACGCUUGUGCACUAUGAGAUAGUGCGACUGCAAAGUAGCAAGCCGGUGCAGUUGGCCGUGACUCAGGAUUCAUCCACCGUCUUUCUUCCAUGCAUGACAUCUAUAAAAGCAUUUGAUGUGUGGUCAGGGAAAACUAACAUGACUCUUCAAGGACACUAUGAGCAUGUAAAUUGCUGUUGGUAUAGCACUCAUGAUCAGGAACUAUACACUGGUGGUAAUGACAGACAAAUCCUUGUCUGGUCUCCUCCCAAAUUGAUUUCUGAAGAGGAAUGUGAUAGAAGAACAGGGCAGCCUCUCGUAGCCGACAAGGAUAACUGGAGUGACUGAAAUUUUCUAUUUCCAUACAGAUAUUUUAUUCUCACUUUCAUGGUUGAUUAUAUUGGUUAAUCUGUAUAUAACCUAUAGUUCUUUAUGUUGAUGGUGUUGUUGAUGUAUUAGAGUGAUUUUGGGUUUUUUGGAAAUUAUAAAAGGGCUGCCUUGUGCACCAACACUUGCUUCGGGUGAGCCCUCUUACAUAUUUGUUUUGUAGAUCACAUAUAGUAUUUUUUGAAAUGGCACCAAGUAUGUUUCAAGAUGCUGGUUAAUUU